AUGAGCUCAUCAGGAGGCACCGCACUGGUGCAGUUCAAGUCAGAGACUGGUGAAUCCUUUGGAACUCAACUAGAAGUGCCGAUCGACAUCACUCCCGACAAACUCCAGCUCAUCUGUAAUACCAUCCAAGAAAAGGAGACCAACUUGCCAUACCUCUUCUUCUUAAACGAUGUGGAGAUAAAGUCCUCACUAGAGGAGACUGUAAGCUCUUUUGCUAAGGGCACCGUCCAGCUGGAAAAGUGCCUGGACGUGGUCUGUGCACCUCAGGCCAUCUUCCACGUUGAAUCAGUGACGAGAUGCAGUGGCUCCAUUGCUGGGCACACUGACGCCAUCGUUUCGGUGGCCUUCAAUCCGGAAGGUUCUCUUCUCGCCUCGGGCUCAGGUGACACUACAGUCCGCUUUUGGGACAUUCACACGGAGACGCCCUUCAAGACUUGUAGCGCACACAAGCACUGGGUGCUGGCCAUCGCCUGGUCACCUGAUGGCACCAGGCUUGCUUCGGCAGACAAAAAUGGAAUAGUUCACGUCUGGAAGACCAGCACUGGAGAGCAAAUCGGGACGCUUAAAGGCCACAAACAGUGGGUCAACUGCUUAUCUUGGGAGCCAUUCCACAGUGAUGUGAACUGUCGUCGAGUGGCCAGUGCCUCCAAAGAUGCUUCAGUGCGCAUCUGGGACGCGGUUCUUCAGAAGGUCGAAUUCGUUCUCAAUGGCCACACCCAGAGUGUGUCCUGCGUCAAGUGGGGUGGUGCCGGUCUCAUCUACACUGCUUCGCACGAUCGGACAAUCAAAGUCUGGAGAGGUUCGGAUGGCGUUUUGUGUCGCACUCUGGAGGGCCACGCUCACUGGGUAAACACCCUGGCCCUGUCCACUGAAUACAUUCUCCGCAUUGGCGUCUACGACCCAGGCAGUAAAGCCAAGCUCAGUGCUGCUUCUGAAGAAGAGCUCCGUGAAAAGGUACAAGAGCGGUACCAGGGCGUACGCCUGCAGGGGGAAAGGCUAGUUUCCGGCUCUGACGACUUUACUCUUUUUCUGUGGAGUCCGGAGACUGAUCGCAAGUCCCUCUGUCGCAUGACUGGCCACCAGCAGCUCAUCAACGACGUCAAAUUUUCUCCUGAUGGCCGCCUCAUUGCCAGUGCAUCUUUUGACAAAUCAAUCAAACUUUGGGACGGCAAAACUGGAAAGUAUGUAACCUCCUUGAGGGGCCAUGUCAAAGCGGUAUAUCAAAUAUCGUGGUCUGCUGAUAAUCGACUGCUAGUGAGCGGCAGUGCUGACUCCACACUCAAAGUGUGGGACGUCCGUAAGGGAAAGCUGAUGUGCGACCUGCCUGGGCACGCUGAUGAGGUGUUUGCUCUCGAUUGGAGUCCCGACGGAGAAAGAGUUGUCAGUGGGGGUAAAGAUAAGAUUUUAAAAAUGUAA